GAACCGCCUCUUUAUAUUCUACCCAAACUCAAAGUUGAAACCCAACAAGAAUUGGCCCGACAAAAUCAACAAAACUAGAGAGAAAUAAGCGACAGAUAUAGAGAAGGAGAUAGGAGUCGGAGAUGGAGAAGGAGACGACGAUCGGGAUAACAAAGGAAGUCUACAAUUUGCGUUCCAGAAGGGUUUACAUGGCCUCACGCACUAGAUGUUCCGCGGUUUCCAAAGCUCAAAAGAAGGGGACAGCUACAGGCAGAAAACUUGAAGAUGAGGUUUCCAAAGCUCAAAAGGUGGAGACAGCUAUAGGCAAAAAACCUGAAGAUGAACGGACAGUGCUCCCUGUUGGAGGUCUUUUUCGCGGACCUCCUCCUCUGACCGGUCAACGUCUUAAGGACCAUCAAAAGGAACAGCAGCGCCAACUUCGUGCAGAGGCAACAAAAUCCUUGAAUUGGUACAAUAAGGGCCGCCAACAGCUUGGGCUUCCCAGAUACGUUCUUGUGAAGACAAUGAAAUUGCAAGCCUUUGCCCUUAAGUGCGGAUUUGUGCACCAUCUCAACUUCAAGGCCCGACCAAAAGACGAUCCUGCUGCUCCUCCAGAGCUCUUUUUUGCUGAAAGGGUGGUUAGUUGGCAUGGAUCGAUAGAUACACGUUGCUACAGCCUGGGGACUGAUUCUCCUAAAACUGGAGGAGGUGAGGAAUGUAAUCUUUGUUACAAGAUUUAUCACCCAAGGGACGUGGAAUUUGUGGGCAGGGCAGACCACCUACAGUGAGCGAGCUAGAUUGCCCUCUCUAAAGUUCUUCAUGAAUCACUAAGCUGUACCCAUGGGACUCUGGUGUAUGCCACUUUUAUCGUUAGCAUUAUGUGUCUAUGUGGCUUUUAUCAUCACAGUAUUAUGUAUUUAUGUGACUUAUCAUCUCAGAAUUAUGUAUUUAUGUGACUUAAUCGUCAGAAUUAUUUAUUUAGGUGACUUAUGGUUAGAAUUAUGUAUUUAUGUGACUAAUCAUCAGUAUUAUGUAUUUAUGUGACCUAUCAUCACAGUAUUAUGUAUUACAAGUAUGUGGUACGUAGUGAAGAAAGUUACAUCACUGUG